CUUGGCAAUUUACUGCUGGACUUGGCUCAUGGAGGUUUUGUUCUUGCUGGAGAUACUCUAGGAAAUUACGCGCGAGUCAUAACCAGAAAAUCUUUCCUUCCUUCGGAGGUAAGGAGCCAAAAAGAGGGGAUAGGAGAGAGAGAGAGAGAGAGAGAGAGAGAGAGAGAGAGAAGAACACAGAUGAUCAGCAUUUUUUAUUUUUCUUCGAUUAGCGCGAAUUCCUGAAGAUCGAUUGGAUUGCAGGCUCUAGUAUGGUCGCGUUCAUGAUGUGCUUGAAUUGGUUGAUUUGUAAAUGCGUGAAUGAAGAGGAAAAUCCUUUUAUCCUCUGUCUUAUCACCAUAUGACCUUUCUUAAAUGGGAAUAGAAUCAGACAAGGGAGACAAAUUCUUAUAAAACAUUCUGCAGUCAUGGACAAAUUUACUUCAGUGUCAAGGAAUUCAAAUUUUACUUUUACAGCAUCAGACGAGCACCCCCACCCAUUGGUAAAAGUACCCAAUGGAAGAAAGCCCCUUACACCUCCAAACAAGGGCUUAGAUGGAAUAAUGGAGUGUCCUGUGUGUAGUAAAUCAAUCUUCCCACCUAUUCACCAGUGUCCUGGUGGGCAUAUCCUGUGUUCGGAUUGCAGAGAAGUCAAUAACAAGUGCCCAGUCUGCAGAAAGGAAAUUGGAAAUAUAAGAUGUCUGGCCCUCGAAAAGUUCGCUCUUUCAAUCCCCCUAACUUGCAGAUACCACUCCCAUGGCUGCAAGGCGAUACUCCCUUAUUACAGUAAAGUGAAGCACGAGGCUCAAUGCAUCUGUAGGCCAUACACGUGCCCCCACCCAAGCUUGGAUUGUUGUGUCACUGGGGAUGUCCCAUCUCUGGUGGCGCAUCUGAGGGAGCGCCAUAAGGUAGAUCUUCAGAUGGGGUCCACUUUCAAUCAUCGUUAUGUGAAACAGGAUCCAUGUUCAGUUGACAACAUCUCUUGGACACUCACUCUCUUCUAUUGUUUCAACCAUUACUUCUGCCUCCACUUUGAAGCAUUUUGCUUGGGAACUGAGCCAGUCUACAUAGCUUUCCUUCGUUUCAUGGGUGAGGAAUCUGAAGCAAGAAAAUUUGGAUACUGUCUCGAGAUUGGUGGCGAUAGUCGGAAAUUGACAUGGCAAGGUGUGCCUAGGAGCAUCAGAACACAUUAUCAUAGUGUACGUGACAGCUACGAUGGGCUGAUUAUACAAAGAAGCUUGGCCUUGUGUUUUUCUGGGGGUGAUAGAAGGGAGCUGAAGCUUAGAGUCACUGGCAGGAUUUGGAAGGAGGUCUUGUGAACUGAGAAAAUUAUAUAAAGAAAAAGGCUGUGGGAAAAAAAGGAGCAGAAAGAAAAGUUUAGCUUGUAAUAUGUUCCUCAAAUUGCAGGUCUUCUUCUCUGUCAGCUGAGUUCUCCAUAAAAUGGGGACCCAGCUAAAUUUUGGCCUAAUUUGAUGAAUUUGAUCUGUAUAUACCUUGAAAAGAUGAUGAAAAUAUUCUUUUUAAAAUUUCUUUGCGACCUCA